AUGAACUGGCCUAGAAAUAAAAAACCAAAAUGGGUACCCUUUGUUGGAACUAUGUUCUUAUUUAUUUUUGUUUCAAAUUGGUCGGGGGCUCUUUUGCCUUGGAAAAUAAUACAGUUACCUCAUGGGGAGUUAGCUGCACCCACAAAUGAUAUAAAUACUACUGUUGCAUUAGCUUUACUUACAUCAGUAGCAUAUUUCUAUGCGGGUCUUUCGAAAAAGGGAUUAGCUUAUUUUGGUAAAUACAUCCAACCAACUCCAAUCCUUCUACCAAUUAACAUCUUAGAAGAUUUCACAAAACCCCUGUCGCUUAGCUUUCGACUUUUCGGAAAUAUAUUAGCUGAUGAAUUAGUAGUUGUUGUUCUUGUUUCUUUAGUACCCUUAGUAGUUCCUAUACCUGUCAUGUUCCUUGGAUUAUUUACAAGCGGUAUUCAAGCCCUUAUUUUUGCUACUUUAGCUGCGGCUUAUAUAGGUGAAUCCAUGGAAGGCCAUCAUUAACUUAACAAAUUUAGGAAAUAGUCUUUUUUUUUAGUUUCUAGUUUAGUUUGACUCGCCACAAUAUAUGUGCGGCUAAAGAUAAUAUACUUAGGUAACAAAAAUACAUAAAAGAUAAACAAAUAAGUUUUGAAUUCUGAUUCUAUUAAUUGAAUAUUCAUAAAUACGGGGUUAAAUUAAAUGCAAUCAAAGUAUAAAUAAAUAUAUGAUUUGGUAAAAAAAUAGAAAAGAUUACUUGAGAGCUGUAAAAAAAAAUAG